GGCAGCCGCGGCGGACGGUGCCGGCGCCCGCGCCCCUCGGCGCUAGGCGGACCCCUGUGCCCGCGGGGCUCCCCCGGGGGGCCCCUUCGCUCAGCCAUGGCCAGCGAGAGCUCGCCUCUGCUGGCCUACCGGCUCCUGGGGGAGGAGGGGGCUGCCUUCCCCGCCAGUGGCGCGGGGGGCCCUGGAGGGGCGUCUGCCCGGAAGCUCUCCACCUUCCUGGGCGUGGUGGUGCCCACAGUCCUGUCCAUGUUCAGCAUAGUGGUGUUCCUGAGGAUUGGGUUCGUGGUGGGCCACGCCGGGCUGCUGCAGGCCCUGGCCAUGCUGCUCGUUGCCUACUUCAUCCUGGCGCUCACCGUCCUCUCGGUCUGCGCCAUCGCCACCAAUGGCGCGGUGCGGGGCGGCGGAGCCUACUUCAUGAUCAGCCGGACGCUGGGCCCGGAGGUCGGGGGCAGCAUUGGCCUGAUGUUCUACCUGGCCAACGUGUGCGGCUGUGCCGUGUGCCUGCUGGGGCUCGUGGAGUCCGUGCUGGACAUCUUCGGGGCUGAUGCCACAGGCCCCGGUGGGCUCCGGGUGCUGCCACAGGGCUAUGGCUGGAACCUCCUCUACGGCUCCCUGCUGCUGGGCCUCGUGGGUGGGGUCUGCACGCUGGGCGCUGGCCUCUACGCCCGAGCCUCCUUCCUUACCUUCCUGCUGGUCUCCGGCUCCUUGGCCUCUGUGCUGGUCAGCUUUGUGGCCGUGGGGCCCAGGGACAUCCCCUUGACCCCACGCCCGGGCCCCAACGGCUCCUCCCUGCCGCCCAAGGUCGGCCACUUCACUGGCUUCAACAGCAGUACCCUGAAGGAGAACCUGGGUGCCGGCUACGCCGAGGACUACACCACAGGGGCCAUGAUGACGUUCGCCAGCGUCUUUGCCGUCCUCUUCAAUGGCUGCACGGGCAUCAUGGCGGGGGCCAACAUGUCAGGCGAGCUGAAGGAGCCCAGCCGGGCCAUUCCCCUCGGCACGAUCGUGGCCGUGACCUACACCUUCUUCAUCUACGUCCUGCUCUUCUUCCUCUCCAGCUUCACCUGCGACAGGACGCUGCUGCAGGAGGACUACGGCUUCUUCCGUGCCAUCAGCCUCUGGCCCCCACUGGUGCUGAUCGGCAUCUAUGCCACGUCGCUCUCGGCCUCCAUGAGCUCGCUCAUCGGCGCCUCCCGCAUCCUGCAUGCCCUGGCCCAGGACGACCUCUUCGGAGCCAUCCUGGCCCCGGCCAAGGUUGUGACCCGCGGGGGGAACCCCUGGGGGGCCGUCCUCUACUCCUGGGGCCUAGUGCAGCUGGUGCUCCUGGCUGGGAAGCUGAACACGCUGGCCGCCGUUGUCACGGUCUUCUACCUGGUGGCCUACGCCGCGGUGGACCUGUCUUGCCUGAGCCUGGAGUGGGCCUCGGCCCCCAACUUCCGCCCCACCUUCAGCCUGUUCUCCUGGCACACCUGCCUGCUGGGCGUGGCCUCCUGCCUGCUCAUGAUGUUCCUUAUCAGCCCCGGGGCGGCCGGCGGCUCCCUGCUGCUCAUGGGCCUGCUCUGCGCCCUGCUCACCGCCCGAGGAGGCCCCAGCAGCUGGGGCUACGUCAGCCAGGCCCUGCUCUUCCACCAGGUGCGUAAGUACCUGCUCCGGCUGGACGUCCGGAAGGACCACGUGAAGUUCUGGCGGCCCCAGCUGCUGCUCCUGGUGGGGAACCCCCGGGGCGCCCUGCCCUUGCUGCGGUUGGCCAACCAGCUCAAGAAAGGGGGGCUGUACGUGCUGGGCCACGUGACCUUGGGGGACCUGGAUUCCCUGCCCUCGGACCCUGUGCAGCCACAGUAUGGGGCGUGGCUGAGCCUGGUGGACCGGGCCCAGGUGAAGGCCUUCGUGGACCUGACCCUCUCGCCCUCCGUGCGCCAGGGGGCUCAGCACCUGCUGCGGAUCUCGGGCCUCGGUGGCAUGAAGCCCAACACGCUGGUCCUGGGCUUCUACGACGACGCACCGCCGCAAGACCACUUCCUCACGGACCCAGCCUUCUCCGAGCCCGCGGCCGGCGCCCCCGAGGGCGGCUCCCCGGCCCUGAGCACCCUGUUCCCUCCGCCACGGGCCCCCGGGAGCCCCCGUGCGCUCAGCCCCCAGGACUACGUGGCCACCAUGGCGGACGCCCUCAAAAUGAACAAGAACGUGGUUCUGGCCCGGGCCUGCGGGGCGCUGCCCCCGGAGCGGCUGAGCGGGGGCUCCCGGGGCCCCUCGCCGCCCCACCACGUGGACGUGUGGCCCCUCAACCUGCUGCGGCCCCGGGGUGGGCCCGGCUACGUGGACGUCUGUGGCCUCUUCCUGCUGCAGAUGGCAACCAUCCUGGGCAUGGUGCCCGCCUGGCACAGCGCGCGGCUCCGCAUCUUCCUGUGCCUGGGGCCGGGCGAGGCGCCCGGGGCGGCCGAGGGGCGGCUCCGGGCCCUGCUGAGCCAACUGCGGAUCCGGGCCGAGGUGCGCGAGGUGGUGUGGGGCGAGGGCGCCGGGCCCCGGGAGCAAGAGGAAGAGGAAGAAGGGGACUUCGUGAACGGCGGGCGAGGAGAGGCGGAGGCCGAGGCCCUGGCGCGCAGCGCCAACGCCCUGGUGCGGGCCCAGCAGGGGCGCGGCACCGGCGGGGGCCCCGGGGGCCCCGAGGCCGGGGAUGGCCAGGAGGGGCCCACCACGGCCCUCACCUUCCUGUACCUGCCACGGCCGCCUGCCGACCCCACCCGCUACCCCCGCUACCUGGCGCUGCUGGAGACCCUGAGCCGCGACCUGGGCCCCACGUUGCUCGUCCACGGCCUCACCCCGGUCACCUGCACUGACCUCUGAGGCCAGGCCCCAGCUCAUCCGGGAUUCCUGGACGAUGAAGAGGGAGGAGCCACCUCCCUCCGGCCCUGCCCUUGGGACCUGGAGCCCCCUCCCCGACCCCCCCAGGUGGAGACGCUAGGGGUCCUGGGCUCAGGCUGACCCGCCUCCUCUGGGAGGGGACCCAGGGCACGGGUGCCCCCGCCCGCCCGCCUCUCCUCCACUGGUGCCUUGACGGGAGGGGCUGGUCUCCUCUGCGACCCUAGGCCACCGCAGCCUGGGGUGGGGACGUUCCCUGUGUUUUAUUUUUCUAACUCUGCUGACGGUGAAUAAAAGACCAAAACACUA